CAUGAGAAUUAUGCUUUGUAUUUGGUAACCGUUGUGGUAAAUAUUUUGAUUGUAUUGUUAAUUAACCUGUUAUAACCUAUGUUCAGCUCAGAACAAUGGAACUGAAGGUGGAAUCAUUGGAAGACGAGGUGACCAGAACCCAAAAUGAAGUCAAAAAUACCACAAAAAAUUAUGAAAAGUUGUUGACCCUGGCCAAAGCAGAGACAACGUCCAUCCAGGACAGACUGACCAAAGAGCUGACCAGCAAGGACAGUGUGGCCGGGGAAAUGUCCAGUAAGCAGCUACAGCUGGAACAAGCAAACAGGGAAAUGGAGGCCAAAAUAGAAAUCUUGGAACAGAAACUUCGAGACUCCACAUCCAACUCUGACCGCCUAACAAGUGACAGAGAUCAGCUGGCAAGUGAGAAGAACAAACUGAUCACGGAACUGGAAUCUUGGAAAAGGACCCAGGAAGAGGCUGAGAGGAGGAGAACAGAGUUGCAGGAGAGGGUAGCCAUGUUGGAAGAAGUCACACACCAGCUAGAGGGGGACAAUAAGGAACUUGCUGCUAAGUUAAAAGAAAAUUUGCUCAAUGAAAAGGAUAAGCAACAAGAAGCAGAAGCUGCCGAGAAGCUGCAGAAAUCCCUGGAGGAGAUUAGCACACUGAACAGUGAGAUUGACCACUUGAGAGAGGAGCUCAGAAUGAAGCACUCACACGUCACCAAACUGGAGGCAGAGGCUGCUAAUGAUAAGGUGAAAGGUGAAUCAGGCAUCAGUUCCCUAAGGUCUGAGAUGGCUGAGCUGAAGCUGUCCCACCAGAGAGAGAUUGAGGACCUGGGAGAGAAGUUAGAGCAAGCUUACAGAGAGUCUGGGGACUUGACUGCACAGCUUAGGGAGAAAGAAGAGGUACAUUUUAUUUAAGGUCUAUUUUAUAUUAGAUUUUACAAAUCAAAGAUUAAUGUGUCAUUAGUUAAUAGUUUUAAGUGCAUUUGUUGCCUAAAUUAAUUUAAGAAUUAGAAUAUGAUAGCUAAUUCUGCUUUUGCAGUCUCGUAGGAUGUUUCAGGCUCAAUAGGGGACACUAGGUAGAUUUAGUAAACAAAUAUAUCGCAAAAUUUCACAUUUCACAAGGUUAUCUGGGGUAUACUGAAUUGACAUAAAAACCUUAUUACCCAAUACAUUUAGUAGCAUAAUCUUUAAAAAAAUAAAAGAAUUUUUUAUAUGUUUAAUCAAAGAUGUG